AUGAUUGAAUCUCAUGUGGAGCAAGAAGAAUUAUUAGAAUUAUCAAUUGGCAAAGCACCAGUAAUAUUUCAGAUGCCAACAAUCAGAGAUUUAGCUCCACCUGAAGAAGAUUUUAAUGCCAAGAAAAAUCCUCGCUUUAGAGGAUAUAGCGCAAGAAGAAAUGUUACAGAACCAGAAAAUAUAGAUUUUCCUAGGCCAAAACACAAUAGAAGGAAAAAAGAAGAACAAAUAAAACAAUCUCAGCUUUUAACACAAAUAUCAGAAGAUAAAGAUCUUUCAAACAGAUUAAAUGAACGCAUAAAAACAUAUGAUCAUAUGAAACAUCUAAAAUACGAACAAUUACAGCAAGAACACGAAGAAUUUUAUGUCAAGCCAUGGCAAAUGCGAGUCAACAAAGCAAUGAAUAACGAAAACUAUCAAAAAUACUUAAAAAUUAAAGAAGAAAUGCUUGAAAAUUGCGAUAAAAAUCCAGUUCCAAUUAGAUCAUCACUUCCUCCAAAUAAAGUGCCCACAAUAAGAGUUUCGAGAAAAGGGCUAUCAGAUCCGCAUACAAGAUACAAAGAAAGGCAAAAGCAAGAAGAAAGAUUAUUCAAAAUCAUUAACGACGCACACGGAAUUGAAACACCAUUACCUCAAAAGCCAUUUGAAGGUAAAUUCGAUUCUGGAUAUUAUAUGAGAGCAAAACAAACUCGAUUUUACACAGGACGUCAAACAGAUGCAAUGCAACACGGAAAAAGGAUUUUCGCACAAAAGUAUCGUGAUUCUAUCAAUGACAACAUUACUACUAUUAAGUAUUAA